GUCAGGCUUAAUGUGAGAAAUGGUCCUACUAAUAUCAUAUGGCUAUGAGGAAGGCAAAAUUAUCUGAAACUGCUGAAGUCAGUGCUUAACUUUUAUGUUCUUAGUCCUGAAAAUUGGUCAUAAAAACUCGUUUUAAAAAGGCAGAUAAAAAUAUAACUUUGGAUGACAUGGCUUCUUGACAGAGCUCAAUAAGCCCAUUCAGAAUGGUUCCUGGUGACACUACUUGCUGGAGCUUGUUGGCAACUGCUCGGGCUUGCAAGCUAUUUCAGAUGCUAGAAUUUGCACCUGCAGUAUACAAAUCUCUUCAUGGCCUGUUUGCAGUCUAUAAGCCUCCUGGUGUUAAAUGGAAAAUGAUCAGAGACACUGUGGAAACCAGGUUACUUGAAGGCCUAAAUUCUUUGAAGCAGCCUCUGCCGCAACAGCAAGUCAGAUUUCUACCAGAACCUGUGGAAGAAAGUAGUGGAUCAGAAGUCAUAAUCACCGCUAUAAAAGUACCUGCCUUAGCAGACCACCCACUAGUUAAAGGACCUGCCUUCAAAAGGUUAAAGGUUGGAGCUGGCCAUCUCCUGGAUGUGAAGUCAUCGGGAGUCUUUGAGAAGCAUCUGAUAGGACAAUUUGAAUCAGAACUGGAAAUGCCCCAGAAUUAG